CCAUGAAGAUAUGCAUAAAUACAAAAACGUACUCAGUCAGAAUUGAGACCCAAUCCUGCUUGCCCACCGUCUCAUCAUGUAUGCCUCUGCAAUACUUCUGUUGUUCGGUGCCGGACUGGCGGCCAGUGCGCCCGCCGACAUCCUCCGUAGCUCGCCGCCGGAACCAGAGACUGUAACGCAGGCUAUCAUGAAGCAGAACGAGGGACUGAACCUGUACCAAGGCGACAUUGACGGCCUGGAUCCUAACUCCCGAAAUGCGAUUCACGAUGCAACGCGUUGGCCAAACGGUGUGAUUCCUUACGUCAUCGGGGGUGAAUUCAGUUACUCCUGUUUUGACGCUGAUGGUAACUGCGGGUCCUGGGCCUCCGCGGGAGAGUGCACCAACAACCCGAACUUCAUGCAGGGCAGCUGCCCGCAGAGCUGUGGCAUGUGUCGCCGCUCCGCGGUUGACAGGAGCUGUACAGACGAUAACGAAUGGUGCUCUCACUGGGCUGGGCAAGGGGAGUGUACCAACAACCCCGCCUACAUGAACGCCAACUGCCAGCUGAGCUGCGGACUGUGCACGUCAGGCGGUGGCGGUGGAGCUUGUACGGACAACCAUGAACAUUGCGGGUACUGGGCCAGCGUUGGCGAGUGUACCAACAGCGCCGACUACAUGAACCAGAACUGCAUGCUGAGCUGCAACCUGUGUGGAGGUGGCGGAAACAACAAUGGAGGUACAACUCAGACCACUACUGCUUCUGCCGGGUCAGAGGUUGGUCGGAUUCAAGCCGCCAUGGAAGAGUUCAACCGGCGAACCUGCAUCCGCUUUGUGCCCCGGACUAACGAACAGAACUACAUCCACAUCAGGAAGAGUACAGGCUGCCACGCGUACGUGGGUGUUCAGGGCGGGGCCCAGGAGGUGUCCCUCGGUGACGGGUGUCUCGGGAAGGCGACGAUCAUGCACGAACUGAUGCACGCCGCGGGAUUCUGGCACGAGCACUCGCGCCCGGACAGGGACGACUGGGUCUAUAUCUACCUGGAAAACGUACCCCAAGCCCAAUGGCACGCCUUCGACAAACACUCUGAAUCGCGCACCCUGGGCCUGCAGUACGACUAUGGUUCCAUCAUGCAUUACGAGAGCCAUGCCUUCAGUAUGAACGGGAGGCAGGUCAUCGUACCCAGGCACUCCACAAAUGGCGUCGUGUUGGGAGCUGCUACGGACUUCAGUUCUCUGGAUCUCCAGAAGCUCAACACGCUGUACAACUGCUAUGGCGGCAAAUAGAUAAAUCAUCACGAUACAGCUUCGACCUAUGCUGGGAAAUAAAUGAGUGGAGAUCACUGCUAUAGCUCC